AUGGUCCUAGAUAACAGUGUUCCGUUUAAACUAACACUUCACCCAUCUCUUUAUGAGGAAAAGUCCGCACUGAGUAUUCCUCUUUCUUUUACCGCAGACGUAGAUGAAAAGGGUUUCCAGCAUCGUUUGGAGAUUCGUGUACCAUCUAGCCGUCAUAUUGCAGGUAUGGAAAUAAGAAAUGUGGAAUUUCUUUUUGAUGAAUUAAAAAAUGAAUCGUGUCAAACCAGUCAUUCUUCUUCCAGUGAUGGUGUAUUGGGUUAUUUAUUUGCACAACUCCUUGAUAGCCAGGGUCGUCCCAGUAGCCAUCCAUUUGCAGUUAUGUGCUGUGAUACAUCAACUGGAAGAGGUGUUUAUUCAUGUGUAAGGUUACCUUUUCAGGCUGACCAACGUGUGAGAUUCUACUUGGUUCAAAAAAAUAAAUCAAAUGAUGAAUCAACAGGAAGAAGUACACGCAUAGAAGGUGUACGUUUUACUGGAAAUAUACAACUGGUCUCAGGUGGAGCCUACCUUAAAUCGAAUAAAUCACUUAAACAGAUUCAAUCAUUUAUGCAGAAAACAUUAAAAUUUGAACCCGAUAGUGAUGGAAAAAAAGUGUCAGGACUAAAGCGGCAUCGUGAAUCCCCUCAGAGUCCUGUAGAAGAAAACAAAAAAUCCUUGACGAGUCGUUCACGUACUGAAAGAGCUCAAAAUGAAAAAAGGAAAUCUGAGGGUCUUGGAAAUGAUGAGGAACCACCGCAGCUCAUAUAUGCCUUUGUUCCAGGCGGGGAUGAUGAAAGCUAA